AUGAAUCUUCAGGAUUUGCCAAUAUUUCUUCUAUUUUACCAAUUCUUCUUCCCACCUUUUUUUUUCUUCUUUCUCCUCUCCCUCUCCCUUCUCCCUCUCUCUUCCUCCUCCUUCUCCCUCCCUUUCUCUCCCUCUCCUCUCUCUCACCCUCUCCCCUCCCUCUCUCUCCCUCUCUCCCUCCCUCUCUCCUCUCGUCUCCCCCCCUCCUCCUCCUCUCUCCCUCCGUCUCUUCCUCCCUCUCUCUCCCUCUCUCUCUCUCGUUUUUUUCAUUCAUUAAACAAAAGUGCCAAUACUUUCUUCUAUUUUAUUCUUCUUCCCACCUUUUUUCUUCUUUCUCCCUCCUUCUUCUUCCCUCUCUUUUUUUCCCUCUCUUCCCUCCUCUCUCUUCCCUCUCCUCCCUCCUCCCUCCCUCUCCUCUCUCCUUCCCUCCCUCUCUCUUCCCUCUCACUCUCCCCCCCUCUCUCUCUCAGUUUUUUCAUUCAUUUCUAUCUAUCUAUCUAUCUAUCUAUCUAUCUAUCUUCACAUUAUCUAUCUAUCGAUCUUGAUAUAGACUUUUUUUUAAGGAUGCCAUUAAUAAAUAAACCUAUUUUUCUAUCUAUCUAUCUAUCUAUCUAUCUAUCUAUCUAUCUAUCUAUCUAUCUAUCUAUCUCAGUCUUUUGA